UUUGGAUACGCUGAACUGCAAGUGUAAAAAGUGGUGAAAUCAAUUUGAAAUAUUUUCGGAUUAUUGAUGUUUGCGUUACAAUGUGAUAAGUAGUGUUCUUUCAGUUUGAAGAAGCGCGAGGCACAGCACUGUACUGUACUUCUGUUAUUGGGCUAAAAUUAGAAACUCUGAAAAAGCUAUUAACUGAGUCCGCGAUCUGAACAACUGUGAUUUUCUACUCCGACUUCAGAGCUAUACCUGCCGCUUUGGCAUAGAGUAACUAAAUAUAUAAUCGCUGCUGGCAAAAAGUGUCUGGAGUGUUUCGGUGAUUUCAUUUCGGGGAUAUUACAAAACAAAGUUCAAUGAGAAAUACCGGAUUGUGUACAGAAACAACAGAGACAUAAACUGUUGGCUGAUCGUUACAAGACGCUGCUUUCAUGGACUCAACAAUUUGGUGGCGUGCCAAAAAGAUGGGUUUUUAAUUUCUUAAUUUCUUUGUAAAUCAUCAUCAACAAACACACAACAAGAAGCGACGCAGGAUUCGUCGGAUUUGGAGUCGGGGGUUUAUUGUUUUAGCGUGUAUGUACUUUUCGUGAAGUGAGGUUUUGUGGAGUUUAAAUAUACGUUUGGGGAUUUGGAUACAUUUUUUGGAUUAACGACGUCCUAGAAUGGCAAAAGAGCAAAAAAAGACACCUACUGUGACAGCAGAAAGCACGGAACCAACGCCUGAGCAGCUAUUGGUGAUGGAGUUUUUCAAAGAGUUCCUUGCGAAGGCUAAGGAAGAUUUCACAGCAAAAUGGGAUCACCCAGGCCAGAACACCGCAGGGCUGGACGAUUUCGAAAGAAUCAAAACACUGGGUACAGGUUCAUUUGGCAGAGUGAUGCUGGUGCAACGUAAAGAAAACAAGGAGUACUAUGCCAUGAAAAUAUUAGACAAACAAAAGGUGGUCAAGUUAAAACAGGUUGAACACACACUGAAUGAGAAGAGAAUUUUACAGGCCAUCACGUUUCCAUUUCUUGUUAGUUUAGAAUACCACUUUAAGGAUAACUCCAACUUGUAUAUGGUGUUAGAAUUCGUCACAGGCGGUGAAAUGUUCUCCCAUUUAAGACGGAUAGGACGGUUUAGUGAGCCUCACUCGCGGUUUUAUGCCGCUCAAAUCGUCUUGGUGUUGGAGUACUUACACCACCUAGAAAUUAUGUACAGGGAUUUAAAACCCGAGAAUGUGCUUCUUGAUAUUCUUGGGUACUGCAAGGUGACAGACUUUGGGUUUGCGAAGCGAGUAAAAGGGCGCACUUGGACCCUAUGUGGUACCCCUGAGUACCUGGCCCCAGAAAUCAUCCUAAGCAAGGGCUACAACAAGGCUGUGGACUGGUGGGCUCUUGGAGUGCUUGUGUAUGAAAUGGCCGCCGGCUAUCCGCCAUUCUUUGCUGACCAGCCCAUCCAGAUAUACGAAAAGAUCGUCUCUGGGAAGGUCCGGUUCCCCUCGCACUUCAGCUCAGACCUCAAGGACUUGUUGCGCAGUCUUCUCCAGGUGGACCUCACAAAGCGCUUCGGCAACUUGAAGAACGGCGUCAACGACAUCAAGAACCACAAGUGGUUCUCUACCACAGACUGGAUUGCAAUCUACCAGAAAAAGGUUGAAGCUCCGUUCGUUCCAAAAUGCAAAGGACCGGGUGACACGAGCAACUUCGACGACUACGAAGAGGAGCCUCUGCGGAUCUCAUCAACUGAGAAAUGUUCAAAGGAUUUUGCAGACUUCUAGAGGACAGUGAACAGCCGAACAUUAUGUGCGACACAAACCAGAGGCAUUAUGGAACGUGUUCGUGCAGUUUUGCAUGGAAAGUUUGGACAGUGUUCCGGUUUGUGUGCUGCUGAUAUAGACUUCAGGCUUUCUGUCGAUAUUUCCUCGCAGUUUACAGAGAGCUAUUUUGUUGGACUUGUCAGGCCGUUGGUUUAAAAGUAAAUUGGAUCGGAAGAUUUAGAGUGUGUUAACUCUGCAAUAUUCUUGUAUAGGGUUUUGCAGUUAAGCAUAAGAGAAUUAAGGUAUAUUUCUUACAGAGAAUUUAACUUACAUUUGUUUUAGUGUCAGAUAUUGAAUUAUAUGAGCACUUAUGGAAUUAGCUUUGAUUUGUUAUUUAUAUAAUACAGGGAGCCUACUCUUUACCCAAGGGAUCUAAGCCUUGUUUACAGCAGUGCGGGUGCAAUUUAUCUGCUAUGAAAACUGCACCUGUAAGCUGUAAAGGAGUAUUUAUAUGUCUUUUACAGACACAAUCAGCAUAUACAAAAUGUAAUUGUCUCUUUGAUUAAAAGUCUUCAUAAUAGAAUUACGGUAUACUUUAUUACCUUCUGCAUUAAUUAAUUAUCAGCAUAUAAUUCUUUUUUUGAUUUACUUUGUCUUCAAAAUAGAGUUAUACUUUAUUACCUUCUGUGUUAAUUUAUUGUGAGAUAUAAAUGAACAAAAUGAAAAGAAAUGUUAUUUCAUUCACUUUAUGCUGCAAAUGAGUGAGUUGUGCAUACAUUUGCAUGAAGUUGUAUCAUGAGCAUAUGAUCACUCGCGGUAUUUCUGUGUAUGAACCAUUUUGUGCACAUGACUGAGCUGGUGGAAUCAGUUUCAUUUUGUAAUAAAACACCAUCACCCUUCUCGAUCAUAGAUAUGCAUAGUUCUGUUUGUAAGUUGGGAAAUUCAGCUCUGUUGGAAAUCAAAAUGAUUGGAUUGGAAAGAAGUGAUGUGAUUUUUGUUGAAAUAAUCGAAUGAGUCUAUUUUUGAAAAGCAACAGCACAUGUUUGAUUUUCAAGGAAUUUUUAAUGAUUUGCAAAAUAUAAUGCAAAGUGGUUUAUUACAUCAUGAUUUUAAAAUUCACAAUAACUGCUGCAGACUAUUUGUUUGUAAUUUUGAGUUGCUUACAUGUGGUAUUUGAAUACUUGAACAAAGAUGAUAUCUUUUCUUUAAUGUAUACGUCUUUUCUUAAAUGUAUACAAUUCAUGUAUAUACAAAAUAUUUGUUCGUAAGUUUAAAUACAAAGGAUAUUACAUUCAGUAGACGAUAUGUCCGGAGUUUGUUUAACUUCAUGAAACAAACAUGAUGCCAAAUAUUUAGCAUACUGCGUAUUGAAUAUCCUCUUGAUAGAAUAGUGCGGCCAGUGUUUUUGGGUCAUCCCAUGCAAAAUUUUGAUAUUUGAUUAAAUUCAGCAUGAACUUGUUUAUGUAGCCGUUUAUUUGUUUGAAUGUGAUGUUGUUGAAUCUUACCAAAUAGCACUUGUUGACUGCAUGAUGUCAGUCAGAUUAAAUAUGAGUCGUGUUCUGAGAAAACUGGGCAUAAUGCAUGUGCGUUAAGUGUUGUCACAUAUAAGCCUGUGCAGUCCGCACAGGCUAAUCAGGGACCACACUUUCCACUUUUAUGGUAGUUUUAGUUUCCUUACCGAAAAUCAAGUUUAGGCGGAAAGUGUCGUUCCUGAUUAGCCUGUGCGACUGCACAGGCUAAUCUUGGAUGACACUUUAUGCACAUGCAUUAAGCCCAGUUUUCUCAUAACAAUGCUCAUAUGAUCUAAUUGUAAAGUAACAAUUGUAUAGCCAUAACCGCGCUUACCUGUGCUAGACGACUAGUAAUGUUCGAUUGUUAACAAAUAUGUAGUUUAAUAUUAAAUGAAGCUUUGUCAUAUUUAUAUUUUGUUCAUUGACUUAGAUGUAUAUUUAAACUUUCAGUCUUUAAUAGGUGCGAAUGUCUUUAAAAUAUGUAAAUAAUUCUGUUAUAAUCAGGAAAUGUAACAUAGAAUGUUUUGAAGACUUGUUGAUAAGCUAGAUGAAAUUAGGAUAGAUGAGUUGAAGAGUAUGAAAAUGGCAUAAAAGCACAUAAUUGUUGACUGUGCAAAUAUAGAAAUGGACUAGGGCUUGUUUGUUACUAAAUUUCAUAAAGUGACAUGUAUUGUCUGUCCUUUCAAGAAAUCAUUCAUUUUGCUUGACAUAAUUAUAAAUUGUAUGGAUAUGUCAUUUUCGAAUUGUUAUUUUUUGUUCAAAGAUGUGUGGUUUAAUUCUAUGUCAUAUUGGGCUUCUUUAACUGUUGUACAAUAUGAACUAUUUUUGUAAUAAUUAAACAAGUAUACUUUGAUAUUGUUUCCUAUAUUUUGUUAGAUGUUUGAUUGUUAAGUGCUUUCAUUAAAUCCUUUUUGUCGUUAGUGAGUGUUAAACGAAGACAAUAAAAAUGUUGUGCAUGUUCAUGCAUGCACUAAUUGCUAUACAAAUAUGGCAACUACACUGUAAAACCCUUGGUGAAAAUGAAAUAUAUUUAAUUUAAAAAAUAAAUACGUUAACCGUUAUAGCAUUACUAUAUUUGUCUACAACUUUUAUUCAAGCAGUGAUAAAUAUGAUUCUGGAAUAUAUAUACCAGCUUGUAUGAAUGUGUACAUUUAUUCCUUCAGUUGUAUGUGACGUAAUGCAUAGUUUCUAUCAUGUUAAAAGUUUCUCAGUUUUUUGUCGAAUUGUAGGACUUCAGAAAAUAAAACGUUUUCAAUGA